AUGCUGAGCACUCCACCGAAAAAGCGCCUAUAUGAUAUGACUUGUGAUGAGCUGCGGUCCACCUGUAAGAAGAUGGGCCGGAAGCAAGCAGGGACCAAGGCAGGGCGUUUCGAAACAUGUUGCGAAGCAGGCGUGGGACAUGGUGGGCCUACAAUAAGCAAGAAGGGAAAGGCUCAAUGGGCAGAGCUCCAAGCCCGUUUGAAGGAUCCCAACAACCUCAAUGGGCGUGGUUGGGCAUGGCGGCAUGGUAUGAUGGCGGGCGGCCCAAGGACCUAUGUGGCCUCAGGUGAGCAUCGCAAGGUGUACAAGCAGGCCUACACCAAGGGCCCUCGCAAAGGUCAAUGGGCGGCAUCGAAAGAGUUCAAGACAGGUUCUGUCUUUGAGGAGAAGUUCUUUGCAAACGAUAUCCAUGCUGCAAAGAAGGCGGCGGACAUCUUGAAGAGCUUCAACCAGUACACUGCUGGCAUCUCCGAGCCUAUUCCGUUGGUGCACAUGAACAUGCCAGAAGUGUGGACACAGGUGGAUGGAACUGAGAAAUACUUGAUUGAGCCGUUCAUCAAAGGCGCCUAUGAAAAGUUCAAUUCCAACAGCGGCUGGGCCAACAUGUCUCAUCCUCUUAUGCAAGCCUUGAGCCACUACUCUUGGCACUCCACAGAGGGUGCGUACCUGGUGUGUGAUCUUCAAGGCCACUUUGAUGGUGAGAGCUACUUGCUCACGGACCCAGUUGUUCUCUCCAAGAAAGAAGAGUUUGGCGUGACGGAUGGUGGUCAGAUGAUGAUCGAGAACUUCUUUGGGCAUCAUGUGUGUGGCAGGUACUGCAAUCCAAGGUGGGGCAAGCCUGCCUCAGCUCUGCCACGAAUGCAGCCUCGCAGUGGCACCAGCUUUUUCCAUCAUCGUUUGUGA